AUGACUGCAAAAGCAGAGCUUUCAAGCUGGCCGGAGUACCCAGAGGAUUUCACCCUGUUGCAGCAGCGCAGUCUGGCCCACAUCAACUCAAAGACUUGGAUUUCUUCAAAUUCUCUCCAUGCAUUCUCCAGGAGGGACGCGCACGGAGCUGCAGACGCGGGCAUCUCUCUGGAGAAACUUGUGCCAAUGGGUAAACUAUCCGACUGCGUAUCUGCUACAGGCAUCACAGAGACUGACUGUGAUAAUGCGGCAGAGGGAGGCAAGACGAACCACUUUGGCCCCCAGAAACACAGGCGCGUCGCAGCCAACGCCAGGGAGAGGAGGAGGAUGCACGGCCUGAACAAAGCGUUUGACGAGCUGAGGAGCGUCAUCCCAUCUCUGGAGAACGAGAGAAAGUUGUCCAAGUAUGACACCCUCCAAAUGGCGCAGAUUUACAUCACUGAGCUGUCGGAGCUCCUGGCCGGCGUGGUUCACCCGGAGUGCAGGAGUCCCCGUCCAAGCUCAGCGGAUAAAACCGUCAUGAGGAGUCUGAUCCACUCUCUCCAGCCAACGAACCCGCUGACCGGAGAACAGCGGGACACCUCCGUCGGCCACCUUAUAAUACUUGGACCUACAUCUGACUUGGGGUCCAGUAAAUCAACGACUUCUUCCACCGGCAGUGAUGGGGAAUCUUCGCACUUCAGUGACAUGGAGGAAAGUCAGAAUGGAAGACAUUAA